GAAUGGUGGAAAAGAUUUAAAAGAAGCGGCAGGCACAAGUCGUCGCGACGCCCCGGCGUCUGUUUUGGCGUGGGUGGCGCCGUCACCAGCAGUGAUUUCGCGCACGACCGUUUUGAGUGCAGCGCUAACCACUCUGCGACUAUUCCGCCCGUAGUAUUGGCAAAAAUAUGCAAAAAUAUGAGAAACUCGAAAAAAUAGGAGAAGGCACUUAUGGAACCGUUUUCAAAGCGAAGAACCGCGAGACUCACGAAAUCGUCGCCUUGAAAAGAGUACGAUUGGAUGAUGACGACGAAGGUGUACCGUCCUCCGCUCUCAGAGAGAUUUGUCUACUAAAGGAGCUCAAACACAAAAAUAUAGUCAGAUUGUACGACGUGUUGCACAGCGACAAGAAACUGAUAUUGGUCUUCGAACACUGUGAUCAGGAUUUAAAAAAAUAUUUCGACAGUUUGAACGGGGAAAUCGAUUUGGACGUCGUCAAAACUUUCCUAUACCAGUUACUGCGUGGAUUGGCAUUUUGUCAUAGCAGAAAUGUGUUGCACAGAGAUCUCAAGCCACAAAAUUUGUUAAUUAACAAGAACAGGGAGUUGAAAUUGGCUGACUUCGGACUGGCGAGGGCCUUUGGAAUUCCUGUGAAAUGUUAUUCCGCGGAAGUUGUGACGCUAUGGUACCGUCCUCCAGAUGUUCUGUUUGGAGCAAAAUUAUACACAACGUCCAUCGACAUGUGGAGUGCCGGAUGUAUAUUCGCAGAACUGGCGAACGCCGGCAGACCGCUGUUUCCUGGUUCUGACGUGGACGAUCAACUGAAGCAAAUAUUCAAGAUGCUGGGCACACCGACCGAAGCGACAUGGCCAGAUUUCACGACUCUUCCCGACUACAAGCCCUUCCCAAUGUACCCUCCUGGCUUCAGCCAAGGAUUGGCUCAAGUUACGCCGAAACUCAAUUCCAAAGGCAGAGACUUACUGCAGAGAUUGUUAGUGUGUAAUCCGGCGCUACGAUUGUCGGCGGACGAAGCAAUGGCGCAUCCCUACUUCAACGAUUUGAACCCUGCCAUCAAAAACGAUCGUUGUCAGUAGCGAAUUCCGGUUAGUUUAGCCCGAUGAUCGAAUGCGCGUACCGAGUACGGAUGGCGGCGGCGACCAAAAUCACACCGAUGAAGAUCGUUUGUUAAUAUAUACAUAUUACUAUUAUAUACGUGUGUUUCGCAUUCAGUGCCGUCGACGACGAUGCGAAAUAAACACCGACGAGUCCUGUUUUCUAAGAAUGUCCAAGAGAAAUCAAUAAAUUGUCAAUUUUAUCAGUGACGGUAAGUCUCUAACGUA